UUUGUGCUUAAAAAAAAAUAAAGUUUUAAAUAAUUAAAUUUUUUUAAAUUAUUUUUAGUAUUAAUAUUGUUUAAAUAAAUAAAAAAAUUAUGGAUAAAUGAAGUGGCAUUACAAACAAAUAUUUGAGAAUUAUAAGAACAAAAGCGUCAAAACAAUGAUAAAACUUUUAUCACUUUAUCAUUAUAAUUUUUGUUUUAUUAACAAGCUAUGAAUUGUUAUGUAACUAAAAAACAAGUUGUGAGGAACAAUUGAAAAAUGGCAGAAUCAGUGGUGAAUACAAACACGGAAUUUAAUUAUGAUGAUAGAGAAAGAGCAAAUAGUUGUGGUACUGCAUCAACACCAUCAUCAUCAUCAGAUUACAUUACAAACGAUGCUGAUGACAGCUCAGAUGGCAAAUCUAUUGUUCCAUUUAGCUUAAAAUCAGUUGAAGUUCAUUUAUCUUUAUCUAAAACUGCUACUCUAGAAGACUUGAAUGAAAUGAUAAAAAAAUGCAAGCAAAUGAUAUUGGAUAGCGAGGAGUGUACUGAUGAAAGGAAAUGGCUUGUUAGAAGGUUGAUUGAGCUAAGAUUACGUGCUCAGGAACUAAGAGAAUCCAAUACCAACUGGUUUGAAACCCACGUAAUCCUCGGACACCAUUUGGUGCCUCAAAAAUAUUACAUUCCAUCAACUGGACCUGCUUAUUGUGACCAUUGCAGUGGAACUAUUUGGGCGAUGCUCCAAUCUUGGUAUUUAUGUAGUGAUUGUGGAUUUAGUUGUCAUUGGAAGUGUGUAAGAGAUAUAAGACGUGUUUGUGCUCACAUAGUAGCUAGUGAAGCAGGUGGUUACGUUUUCACCAAAGAUAUUUGCCCAGAGAAAGGUCUUUCUGCUCAAGGAUAUCGUUGUGCUGAAUGUUAUGCUAGAAUAACAUUUACUCACAUUAAAGGAUUGUCUUUACCAUGUUUUGGUAGUCCUUUUAAACAACCAGAAUCUAGCUGGAUAGAACCAAGACUUUGUGAUUACACUGGGCUCUAUUAUUGUCAACGAUGCCACUGGAACACAGUAGCUGUAAUACCAGCAAGAGUCAUCAGAAAUUGGGACCUAGAACCAAGACGUGUCAGCAGAUCUGCUUCACAAUUACUUCAACUAUUAAACGAACGUCCGGUGUUAUUGUUAGAAGAAUUGAAUCCUAAGUUAUUUGAACUCGUACCUGAUUUAUCACUUACUAAGAGAUUGAGAGAAGAAUUACAAAUGAUGAAAAAAUAUUUGGUCUUUUGUGCUGAUGCCGAUAUUCAAGGGUUACCAUGGAGAAUUGGCUUACGCACUCACAUGAUUGAAAAUUCUGGAAAUUAUUCCAUCAAAGAUCUGGUUGACCUUCAAAAUGGCGUUUUGAUGGACGAAAUCCGGACUGCUUAUGAUCUCAUGCGUGAACAUAUUACGGAAUCAUGUGAAUUAUGUCGAGCAAGAGGUCAUCUUUGUGAAAUUUGUGGAAAUGACGAGAUUAUUUUUCCCUGGGAUGCAAGUGCAAUAUCUUGUCCACAAUGUAGUGCUGUUCAUCAUCGAGUUUGUUGGUCUAAAAGGAAUCAUAAUUGUCCGAAAUGUGUGAGGAUAGAAAAAAGACGAUCGCAAAAUGUUACAAGUGAUGACCAGAAUGAAGAAAAUAUUGAUAAUAACAAAGAAGACAUCAACCAAGAUGUACAAUAAUUAACUUUAAAGUAUUUUAGAUUAAAAAAAACUUAUUUUCUAGAAGAAAUUAAUCUAGAAAAUUAUUUUAAAAUUGUUUAAAUAUUAAUUUAAUAAAUAAAUUAACGAAUUUCGUAAUGCAGUUGAAAAAAUUUAUUAUUUCUUACUUUAAAAGCAAUUCUAAAAUACUUAAAAUAAUGUCCAGCACAGCUAUAGUAUUCUUUAAGCAAGAAAAAAAUGCACUAAUGAUAGUAAUAAAUGAUAAAUAACACAUUACUUUCAAAAAAUCAAUCUUAAUCAUCUCCAAGAAACAGGUUUUUUUAUUGAACACCUCAUUCCAUGACCUUGACAAUUGGACCUGAUGGAUCAAAAAGAAAAAAAAAAGUAAACGAUCUUGACCUACUGAAAAACAGAAGGGUGAUGCAGUAAUAUCUUGUAUAAUACUGCAUAAUAUUUAUUAUGAAUAGCUUCAUCAUGUGUACAAAAAUAUAAUAAAUUAACAGGUUAAAUCAUAAAUAGUUGAAUAAAAAAAAAUGUUAGUAAUAAUAAAUGAGGAUAUAAACGAUUUAACGAAAUACUAAAAUAUUUAGAAAUAUUGUGGGAAUUGACUCCUGAAUAAUUUUUGAAGCAUUUUUUUAAUCCAGCUACGAGAGAAUAUGUAUAAAAAGACUUGACCAUCACUUUGAAGAAUUUUGUUUUGGUUCAAGUUUUAUGAAAGACACAACGUGCGUGAAAAAAUCAUCAUUCCUUUAUUUUAAGUGUUUUUAACUUAAGAAGUUUGAUUAUUGUUAUUAUUCACAGAAUAU